AUGGUUACUAAAACGGUUACCAAAACGGUUACCAAAACGGUUACCAAAACGGUUGCCAAAACGGUUACUAAAGCUGGUACCAAAGCGGGUGCGGCCCUGCUGAGCCACUGUAUAUCACUUUAUACUAUUCUGUCGCAAAACCUUGAACACCUGGCGCGGCCCCGUAAACGCACGUUUCCCCUCGCAACUACCUGUCCCAGGCGUCUGCGCCUCCGCAGCCCUCUUUCCUACACUCUCUUGGCACCCAAAAAUAGCCUCAAUAGCCUGCAAAUAUUCCAUCCGCACAAAGCUCUAUCCUUUUUCCAGCCCACGCUUGAACUGUCCGCAGUUCGAGCAUCCUCCAGCAGCCCCCGAUGCGUUUUUGCUUGGCAUGAGCGAACCCAUCCUCGCCCUUCCCGGCUCUGCUUUCCCCUGCCUGCUGAAAUUUUUUUGUGUGUCGUUAUUUGGCUGGUUUUUCGCGAUUGUUGGCCUGCACAGGUUGCCCAGAAUAGGAAGCACGCAUACUCCCACCAUCCACGUUUCUCAAGGCUAAUAACGAAAUGCUACACCGGGCCUACGCAUGAUAGUCAAAGAUUGCCAAUCACGGAAAACCUUGUGAAGCCAGCCCCAGCCUAG